AUGGAUUGCAUACAAAAUGAGCGAGGUGCAGAAAUUUUGCAUUUUAGAGUGCACAUGUUGCAAGUCAUGUUUUCCAAUGCGGCCUUGACUAUUCAAGCACAUCGAAGGAUUUGUGAAAUCAAUAGUCAACGCAACGACGCACGAAUAUUACGACGACGUGUUGCGAAGGAGAAGACUCAAAAAAGUCGAAUUAUGGUCGAUGAUGGAGAGAGAAGAAUCCAAAAUGGCUCCAACGUCUUCCUUGCCGAUAUUUCUGUUUCGUGA